UUGUGAUGAAUGUCCACGAGCUUUUCAUUCACACUGUCACCUACCAGCUGUAAACGGAGGAGACUCACCUGGGAGCCAGUGGAGCUGCACAUUUUGUGUGAUGAAGAAGAUGGAAAGUUCCAGUCAAAGGACCCAACAGGAUGUUUUGAGCAGUCCAGUCUCUCAGUACACACUGCACUGUCAGUACCUGCUGUUACACCUGCUACACGAGAGCAUGAGCGACCCCUGUGCCAAAGUUCCAGGAUUCAGUGAGAACAUCUGUGGUCCCAUGAUGCUGGGCAGAGUGAAGCUGAACUUGGAGAAUAAUGAUUAUCGAACAGUGCAAGAGUUUGUCUCAGAUAUUGAAUAUGUUUUCCACCACUGCACCGCCAAAAGGGAUAAUGACUUCAGGAGAAUGACCUCUAGGCUGACAGAACUGCUUGAAAUCAUCUUUAAGCUGCUGUAACAUCACAUCUUAACAAAGAUGUCCUUUGUUGGACCUGGUGGUAACAUUUGUGAGAAUUGUACAAAUAUAACAGAAAAAUAAAGAAAGAAUAUUUAGAUUUAAA